AUGGCUAGAAUGGGCAUUUCCGGUCUACAACAAAGCCUAGAACACUUUGAAUUGUCAAUGAAAAUAGCAAUAGAGACGGGUGACAAAUUGUUGGAAUUGCAAAUAAGCCUGGGAUUGGGGGCUUUAUUUACUUUGUUAAGGGAUUUGAACAAAGCUUUAAUUUUCCUUCAAAAUGCUUUGGGAAUAAUGCAUGGAAUAGAAGCUAAUCAUGUCCAUGCAAAAUACAGAUCUGCCAUACUUUAUCAAUUGUCUGUUAUUCUAAGGCUGAAAGGACGCCUUUCAGAAGCUCGACAAGUCUGUGAGGAAUCUAUUCACCUUGCCAAACAAGUUGGUAAUAAGCCUACUUUUGCACGUGCUCUAGCUAGUUUAGCAGAUAUAUUUUGCGAAAUUGGGGAAACUGAAGCUAGAGAAACUGUUACUAAAAGUUGGGCAAGGUAUGAACAAGCAUUCCGCCUUCUAAGAAAAAUAAAUGACCGCUCUGGCCAAAUAAUUGUAUUAGCAAGCAUGGCACGUUCUGCAAGUGAAAAUAAAGGUGUUCAUUAUGCUGGUAGAUGUGAAUGUCAAGCUAUACAAUUAAAUAGAAAAUGCUUGGAAUUGGCAACUUUAAUUGGAUCUAAACAUGCAAUGAUGGAAUGCCAUUCUCGCCUUUACGACCUCUAUAGUCAAUUAUCGGACGAAGAAAAUUCAACAGAAUCGAAUAGACAGCAAAGACAUCUGAUCCAGCAAAUGGAGCUUUUUUGUAAUUUUUGUGGUCAGCGCUAUGGAGAGAUUGAAGAAUCAUUACAAGCACUUAAUUGUUCUCAUAUAUUCCAUGAAAAGUGUUUACAAAAAUAUCUUUUGACAAAUGGAGAUGGACCUUAUUCGUGUCCAAAAUGUAGAAUGGGAACUAGCUUAUUAGAAAACAUAUCUCUUUCAUCUUCUACUGCUCAAACACCUGUUGAUACUUCCGAAUUUAUUUGUUCCAACAUUCCAUCAACUUCAACUGCUUUCCUCAAAUCAUCCACUACGACAACCAAAAAUCCCACACCACUAAUAUUUUGUGAAAGAAAUUUUGAAGAAAAUCCUUAUUGUUGGUCUUCCCCAACAAAUGUUUGUAUAGAAAAUCCAAAAUGUCAGAUUGAUCUUUCUACUUCAACAAAUUGCUCUUUUACUGUCCCAACAGUUAUUAAACAACAAGAAUUACAAAAUAAAUGUAAAGAUAUUAGUAAUAGAAGGAAAUCUGCUCCCGUUGAUUUAGUUGUAAAUAUUGUAGAUAAUACUGAAAGACAAGGGGAGAAAUUAAAAGGUGACUAG